CAUUAAGCUACCCAUUCACGCUGUUUCAUACACACCAUUUUGAAUGCACUAAACCCUCGAUUCCCAUAAACUCUGCCCAAUACGCUUCCUCAUAGUUCUGUCCUCUGUUUUUGUUCUGAAACCUUUUCGUGAUCUCUCUUUCUUUCUUCUCUCUUUGUUGGGAUCAGUUUAAAUCAAUGGAAAUGGCUUCCUCUUCCACAGCCAGGCAAAAUCUAACUCAACCAGAAAACGCUUUUGAAGCGCUUGUAUCUUAUUCUUCUGCACCUAAAUCGACGGAGCCAUGGGACAUAUUUAUUAAUCACUAUGGACGUGAUGUGAAAUACACAUUCGCCACUACCAUCUACGAUAAACUUCAGUCCAUGGGAUUGCAUGUUUUUCUAGAUGUGGAAUCCCUUGAGGCUGGUGAUAAUUUUCCACCAGAGAUACAACACGCCAUAUCUAGUUCUACCCUUAACAUUGCUAUUUUUUCUCCUGGCCAUGCAAAAUCCACAUGGUGUUUAGCCGAGCUAACUUUCAUUCUGAAAACUGGUAAAAAAAUCGUUCCCAUUUUCUAUCAUGUUGAGCCCGCUGAUCUGAAAAAGAUUAAGUCAGGAAAAGGAGAAUAUGCCAAAGCAUUUGCAGGGCAUGAAAAGAAUAUAAGAUUCACGGUAGAACAGCUUGAUGAAUGGAAAGAGGCACUCUUCCAGAGUUCAUUCCUGGAGGGCUACGAAGUCAGCAAUAAUAAGGAUGAGGUAACAGUUUUGAAAAAUAUUAUGAAUGAUGCUCUAAGGAUCACGAAGAAAAAAGGUCCAUUGUGGGUAGCCAAUCGUCCUGUUGGAUUGGAUAAGCUGGUACAAGAGUUUGAAUCAAUUGCAAGAGAAGAGAGAGUAAAAAUCAAGGGGAUCGUGGGCAUGGGAGGUAGUGGGAAAACCACGUUGGCCAAAGAGCUGUAUAACAGGAACAUCUCCUCCUUUGAAAGAGGCAGCUUUGUUUUCGACGUGCGAGAUGCAGCAUCCAAAAACGCUCUGCCAGACAAGCAGAAAAAGCUUCUGGCUGACCUCGGUGCCCAUCAUUCGUCCUUCGACCAUGUAGAUGAAGGCAAGGUCGUUCUUGCAAAUUAUUUGAGAGAUCAUCGGGCGCUCAUCCUUUUGGAUGACGUGGAUCACAUCGACCAGCUGCAUGCUUUAUUGCCAAACAAAGACAAGCUUGGAUCCAAAAGUAUGGUUAUUGUAACAACCCGGGAAUUGGGUGUCCUCAUAUCAUGGGGUCUCUCUGACUCCUGCAUUUAUAGAAUGCCAGGACUUAGCACGUUACAUGCCGAGCAGCUCUUCUGCUGGCACGCUUUCUUGAAAUCCUCUCCACCCGUAGGAUUUGAAUCUCUGGUUGAAGAGUCCUUAAAGGCUUGCAAUGGUUUACCCCUGUCACUGAAGGUAUUGGGUGCACAGUUCUAUGGCAGGAAGUCUGAAGAGGACUGGAAAUCCCUAUUAAACAAAAUCUCAUGGAUAUUACCCAGUGAGAUCAAACAACGGCUACGGGUUAGCUAUGAUGCUCUGGAUGAAGAAGAGAAAAAGAUUUUCUUGGAUGUAGCUUGUUUUUUUAUUGGAGAAGACAAAAACAGAGCUAUAGCAGUGUGGGAUGGAUCGGGUUGGAAUGGUAUGGAAGGUUUACGAACACUCGUGAAUAAGUGUCUUGUGGAGCUGGUUGAAGAAAAAGGGAACGACUGGACAGAAAUCAGAAUAAGGAUGCAUGAUCACCUUAGAGAUAUGGGAAGAGAGAUUGCAAGUACACACUCACCGUGUCGUCUUUGGUGUUCACAGAAGAUUGAUGAUAUGAAGAAACAUUCCACGGAAAUAAAGCCAAUUCGAGGGAUACAACCUGCAGAUGCUUUUGUGGUAUUCAAAGAGUACACAUAUCAGUUGAUGGGAAACCCAAUCGGCCGAGGUGAGCGACUUAAAUUACCGAAUGGAUUGCAAAUUCUUUCCGUGGCUGGAAACGAGUUUACGGAAGAAUUCGCAUCAUUAUCAGAAGACCUUGUUUGGCUUCGCUGGAAUUUCUUUCCCCUAAAAAAAUUUCCAUCGUGGCUUACAUUAAAAUAUCUAAGGGUUUUAGAGCUUCAUAAAGCUUAUGAGUUGGAAGAACUAUGGCCGGACAAUGCAGAUCCUCCUUUGCAAUUGCGUGAGCUUAUUUUAACAUGUUGCGAAAAAUUGCAUUGGAUUCCAAGCUCAAUAAGACGUCUUCAGCAUCUGAGAAAGCUUUUCGCCGAUUUUAGUGGCACAUCAAGUCAAGAGUUUUGUGGUGAUGGUCUAUCUUCGCUACUUAAUGGUGGCACAUCAAGUCAAGAGUUUUGUGGUGAUGGUCUAUCUUCGCUACUUGAUGGUUUUGACAAUUUAACAAGCUUGAGGAGUUUAAGUCUAUUGUACUGCAAGCAAUUGGUCAGGUUGCCUGAUUCUUUCGAUCAGCUGAUACACCUGACACAUCUAGAUUUAGAAGGUUGUGAAAUGCUAUCUUCAUUACCUCAUGGUUUUGGCAAUUUAACAAGCUUGAGGAGUUUAAUUCUGUUUAAUUGCAAGCGAUUGAACAUUUUACCUAAUUCUUUCAGUCAGUUGAUACACCUGGAAGUUCUAAAUUUAUCAUUUGCAAUGCUAUCUUCACUACCUCCUUGUUUUGGCAAUUUAACAAGCUUAAGAGAUUUACGUCUGUGGAAGUGCACACAGUUGAGCAAGUUGCCUGAUUCUUUUAGUCAGCUGUUACAGAUAACACGUCUAAGCUUAUCUGACUGUGAAAUGCUAUCUUCACUACCUAAUGGUUUUGGCAAUUUGAAAAGCUUGACAACAUUGAAUCUAAAUAAUUGCGAACAGUUGAGGAUGUUGCCUGAUUCUUUCAGUCAGCUGAUACACCUGACACAUCUAGAUUUAUCAGGUUGUAAAAUGCUAUCUUCAUUACCUGAUGGUUUUGGCAAUUUAACAAGCUUAAGAAAUUUAUAUCUGUCCUGGUGCACACAGUUGAGCAAGUUGCCUGAUUCUUUUAGUCAGCUGUUACAGAUAACAGGUCUAAACUUAGAUGACUGUGAAAUGCUAUCUUCACUACCUAAUGGUUUUGGCAAUUUGAAAAGCUUGACAACAUUGAAUCUGAAUUGUUGCAAACAGUUGAGGAUGUUGCCUGAUUCUUUCAGUCAGCUGAUAUACCUGACAGAUCUACAUUUAAAUUACUGUGAAAUGCUAUCUUCACUACCUAAUGGUUUUGGCAAUUUGAAAGGCUUGACAAAAUUGACUCUAAAUUGUUGCAAACAGUUGAGGAUGUUGCCUGAUUCUUUCAGUCAGCUGAUAUACCUGACAGGUCUAAAUUUAUAUGACUGUGAAAUGCUAUCUUCACUACCUGAAAAACUACCACUGUCGCUCAAAAAUCUAGACAUAUCGUCUUGCAAUUCCCUGAAGAAUGUCAGGGGUAUUAAUGGUCUUAUAAACCUUGAGGAACUGGAAAUGUGUAGAUGUUUGCAUAUAGAAGAACUCCCAAGCUUUGUUAAUUUGGCUUCGCUGAAGAGAUUUGAAAUGCUGGGUUGCCCCCGUGUCAAAAAAAUAGAAGGGUUGGAACACGCCAAGUCAUUGGAGAGGCUAAACAUAAAGACCUGGUGGAAGGUGCCAGGUAUACAGAGUUUGGGAAAUGUUGAAAGAUUGAAAGAGGUAGAGUUCAAAUGUGACACUAUAUCAGCUCUAAAACCUUGUAUUCAGUCUAUGGAGGGGAAGGAAUGUCCAAAACAGAUGUGGAUACAAGGUAGCGCUAUGGUCCGUUUGGAGGAGCCAAUUGUGAACUCUUUGGAGUUGGAGUUUCCUGAUCUUGUGGUUGAGAAGCCAUCCGAUGUAGAUGGGAUUCUAUGUGGGCGCUUCUUGUCGUUUGACAGUAUAGCUGGUGGGCAUGAACGGAUGAUUCCAUCUGGGUGGCAACAUUACAAAAUUUUAGGUGAUUCAGAUGUUUCAUAUUUGUAUUAUGAGGAAGAGAAGGAAAAUGGCGGAGACAGGAAACUGGUAAGUAUAUUAUUUUCAAAAGUUGCAGGUGGCAGGUACCUCACAGGAAACAAAACAACAGUAGCAUCCGGCAAAAGAGAAAGAGUUGGGAAGGCCUUUUACAAAUUAUUGGAACUUCUGGAAUAAUCGGCAGGUUAUCUUAAAGUUUGGUGGAGAGUUGAUAAAAAAUUUAAGAUAUUGAUGCAAAUAAAUGCAGGUACACAAAUGUUGUGUAACUUGCUUAUCUUAAAGUUUGGUCGAGAGUUGAUAUAGAUGAAGAUAUUGAUGCAAUUAAAGAAGUUGUUAUACAUUAAUUAAUUUAAGUUUUAUUUAUUCAAUAUAAUUAUGAAAUAUGUGAAUAGUGAAUGUUAUUAUUUUUUUAUAAGAUAAUAUGUGAGGGAUAUAAUUUUUUUAGUACUGAUUUAGUUGGUAAGUGUAAAUAAUUAAGAAAAUUUCUUAUUUUAUAUUUAUUUGUCAUAUAUAGUAAGAAUGUCUAUAGCAUUAUUUGAGCUUAUAUAAAGUUUGGAUCUGAUUAUAUGUUUUUUUCUCAUGAUAAAUGCAAGGGUCAAUAUCAAUGGUUUUCUUCCAAAUAUAUAUGAUUAUCAUAAGGCACAACACUUGCUGGAGGUUUUGCAAAUGGGGUUGCAAGCUAAGUGGGUUUAACUUUGGAUGGAACUUCGUGGUUAAGCGUGCUUGAGCUGGAGUAGUACUGGGGUGGGUGACCUCCUGGGAAGUGCUUCACCCCUAUGAGCAUCACCUAGAUGCAAUGAGUGCUAAGUGGACCAUUCAUUCUCAUGAGAGAUGGGUUCUUGUGAACCACUACUCGUGAAACAUGGGUCAAUGAGUUUGACUCAAAAACUACAGAGUUGAACUCUAAUAGCAAUAUCAUAGUUUGACUUGCUGUGGAAAAAUUAUCAAAAAAUAUUUAUUUUAAAUAUAAUUAUUUUAUUGAAUUUCUUUUAUUUUACAAAGUAUUUUUCUUUAUUUGAUUUAUUCAUAGACUAUCCAUUAUUUUUGGUCGAUGUAAAUCUUUAAUUGUUCACUAAUAAUAUAAAUGUUAUUAGAGAAAAUAAUCUAGCUUUUGCCAAUUAGACGCCCAAUUUUCUUUUUAAAGUAGUUUUGUCACCAUACCGCCACACUUAUUUUUCUUAUUUUUAUUUCUCAACUUCAUGCAGCCAUACAUUUUUUAUAAACAUACUUUUGUAUUGUUUCUAAAAAAUAAUUAAAUAUUUUUAAUUUUUCCCUAUUGACAUUGUAAUGUUUGAAGCUUUUUUCCAAGGGUAUGUCCUUGGGAGUUUUAGCCCUGUCCCCACUCUGAGGAUGUCUUAGGGAUGGAAACCUAGGAAAAAUUCAACAAGAAACGUCCUUGAUCAGCUAGGACAUCCCGAAUGCAAUGGGGAUGACCAACUGCCCCUUUUUCCUACCAUGUUUAAAAAAAAAUCCCAAAACUUAAAAUGCAAACAUAAAACUCUCCUUAGACAUUUGAGUCCAUCUUUACAUGCCAAUAUUUUUUUUUUUCAGAGGAGGGUUUGAAGGUGUUGGAAAAUAAGAACCAGCAUUCACUAGCUAAAAAGGAGAGCAUUGAGGCAUCAACCAAGAAGAAGGAAAAGUAAAAGAGAAAGGAGGAGAGUUUUGAUAGAUCUGAUGGAGUGUAGUUUGUGGAGAGCUUGUGGCACCCUCCAGGAGUUUUACUAUUGCUUCUACAUUCAGGCUUACACAGACAUUCAAUCCUCUCCCUCAUCUAAACAUCAGAAAGAACUUGGUAUACAUAAAGUAAGAUUCAUGACCACUGCUUUUACUAAAGCUCCUAUGCUGGAGAGGAAAGAGAAUGGAGUUGAAUGCAUAGAGUAGAAAAAAAACAAAAAAAGCUGCAUUUCGUUUCGUAUUGGGCAUAGAGCAAUGGUUAUGUAUAAGACGAGAGCUCCAUCAUGCUACUUCCUUUAUCAGUUUCGUGGGCUUUCAGAAAUUGAGGAAUUUGCGCUUGACAAAUGAUUUUUUAGAACUUUAAUAAUCUAGAGUCAGAGCAUUUAUUUCUUA